AUGUGGAAGAUGUUCAUGCUAAACGGAUCGUAUCGCUGGAUCGACGACCUGCAACGACUUGUAACGGAGUACAACGCGCGCAAGCAUCGCACUAUCGGCGCGCGACCGAUCGACGUAACGCCGGCUUCGAGCGAGCAACUUCUGCGCACGGUGUACAGCAACGUCAAAAUCGCAGGAGCGGCGCGAUUCAAAGUCGGCGAUCCUGUGCGCGUUAGCGAGUACAAAACCGUUUUUGCGAAGGGUUACAUUCCAAACUGGACCACCAAAAUGUUCCGAGUUAAAAAAGUGCAACAAAUUUCACCAGCGACUUAUCUGCUCAAGGAUUAUCGCGGUGAACCUAUAGCCUGUGGAUUCUACAAACACGAGUUGCACGCGGUUAAACAUCCAGACGUUUAUCUUGUGGAAAAGGUUGUACGUCGCCGAGGCAACGAGGUAUUGGUCAAGUGGUUGGGACUGGACAGUUCGCACAAUUCCUGGAUAAAUAAGAACAAUGUUUUCUAA